UGGCCACCGAUUAUUUUCAAAGGUUUAAUUUUAUCCGAGCUAACUCCUGCGUUCCGCCUCCGAUCAGGGCAUAUAUAGUGGUCUGUAAAUAAUAUUCCUACCUCUCCCAGCUACCAGCUGAUUCCAUACAUACAUACGUACAAAUUACACAAUUAUCGACAUCUACAUAUUCAUCUACUUUCGUCCAACUCCAUACAAUUCGGCAUAUUGCGCGAUCGUAGCACAUAUAUCCAGUCCUGCUGCGCUGCACGGUAUCCUCCGUACGCAUAAGCACCUCCGAAUCAAAGAUAAAUUGUCGCCAAUCCAGGCACGGUACGUGGUUUGGCGAUUAAUUGCAUUUCAAUUUGCAAUUGUUGAUUCUGUACAUCACCCGUGGGACCAGAGCUGGGCGACCGAUCGAUCACCAUCAAUACCGAUAGUAUCGAGUUUGAGCAGCGUCCGAAUAAAUUCGGCUUCCUCAGCUGUAUUAAAUCGUGAAACAAAUGCCAAAAGCUUUGACAACAAGUAAAUCCAAAACCCACAGUUUAUAACUGUUUCCACUGGUUUUUCGGUUCAACGUCCAUUGAAUGCGCCCGAGUGCCAAAUACCAAGUGUAUUUUCUUAUGUUAUUUGUUCCGAUAGGCUUCCACCACACAUACAGCAGUCAGCUUGAUGACUAGAAAGAAAUAAAAUUCCUUCUGCAUUCCAUCCGCAGUCAACAUCCCACUACCUAAUUCGUUGCAAAGGUAAACGGAGGAACACCAUACUGACAAUAUUUUCGAAUAUUGCCAGCCAAUGUGACCGUUCCUCUCCUCAGCUCUUCUCCAAUUGGGAUCACUCAUAGUUUGGGAGCCUCUACCAAGAGUAAACCUAAACAAUCCGAGUUGAUCCAACAAUUGCAUUCUAGCAAAAGCCUGAGACCUUUCCGUCUAUUACGACCAUAGUGGCUUUGGAAAAUAAAUAUUUCUUUCUGCUCUUGUGGUGUCCGUAUCUACUCUCCGAAUCCAGCCAAGGUUGUAGCCAUCCGCUCCACACUUCCGCAUCCGAUUUGGAUGUUUUCUCUUUUCUGCGUGUGAGCGCCGAAUAUGCCAACAGGUCGCGAGGAGAGCAAACAACUUCUGCCGGUGACCUCUCCAAGUGUCAAAAGGCCACGCAGCUCUUCCGCCCCAGAAACGCCCACCUCGGUGACUCGCAAAGUGAAGUCCCCAGGUACUCCGGGGCCCUCCACAAGCUCCGCUGGUUCGAAGACCAAAUCGGUCCUGUUCCCGUCACCGGUCACACUUAAGGUGCCAGCGCGUACGCAAAGCAACCCAAGCGGCUCUCGACACUCCCGCACAAUGGCUCAAUCCGCCGCCACUGCCGCAAUGGCUAAAUUCGAAGCAGCCUCACGCAAGCUUAUGCAUUUCGGAGAGCGAAUAAACCUUCCGAAUCCCCGCACUCCAUCCGCCUCGCUUGCCACGGUACGCCGUGACUAAAUCCGAACCAUGUGGGCCGAUGUUGAGGCAGAGCAUAAGAACUGUUUCGCAUUUGUGGCUGAAGAGGGUCCGCAGGCUGAAGCGGACCUUCAAUCCAAAUUCGAUGACUGCUUUACAGUGUACGAACAGUGCGUUGCUGAUCUCACUGAUCAGCUCCAACAACCAGCAGUCCGUCCUUCCGCACAGCCAGAUUUUCACGGCGGCUGCAGACUCCCCCCAUGCGACAUAGAAGUAUUCGCUUGGGACUACGUCCGCUGGCCUACGUUCCGAGACCUUUCUACUGCGAUCUAUGUACAAAAUCCCAGGCUGUCUCCCGUGGAGAAGUUGUACCAUCUCACCAUUAAGACUAGUGGUGAUCCGAAGGCCAUAGUGGGAAAGUCUCCACUCACCAAUGACGGUUUCGAGGCGGCGUGGAAUGCCCUUCGUGACCGGUACGAGAACAACAGGCUCCUUGUGACCAACCAGAUAAACAUUCUCUUUUCGUUGGCUUCCAUCGGUUCCGAGUCAAGUCGUGCUCUAAAGGAGCUUCUCAGCACGAUCCAAGGGGUCUUAACCGCACUGGCCCACUCCAAGGUCUCAACCGAAAAUUGGGACAGCUUGCUGGUGACCAUUUGCGCCUCCAAAUUACCGAGGUUGACACGGGCUUUGUGGGAAGAUUCCGUCACCACAAAGAAAUAGAUUCCUUCAUGGAAGGAGAUGGAAUCCUUCCUCAGCCAGAGAUAUCUGACGCUCGAAGCCAUCGAGGGCAACCCGUCCGCUUUACAGAGUUCGAAAAGCGAUUCGCAUACGUCCCCUUCCGGAAGCAAUCCGUUCCGGUCCCAAGGAAGUUCACUCGUUCAAGACCGCAGUGAAUACAAAGAGGAGCACGUGUGAUCUCUGCUCGAAAGAGAAUCACCCAAUACGGCUAUGCCCUCACUUCCUCCAGAUGA